AUGAGUGCCGCCGGGGAGCGGCCCGCUAAGGCUUAUUCAUGUAUCAGGUGUUUCGAGCGCAAAGUGAAAUGCGACAAGCAGAGUCCCUGCUCAAACUGCGUCAAGUCCAAUGUUGAAUGCAUCUUCCGGGUGCCUCCGGCGCCGAGGCGCCGGAAGAAACGUCCUCCUGAGGAAAUGUUGCUUGCGCGACUCAAGAAGUGCGAAGAACUUCUCCAGAAGAUGGGCGUCGACGUCGACAGCAGCAACACUCCCAUAUCGCCAGCUGCCCCGACCGAUCCUCCCGCCGGCGCAGGCCAGUUCAGUCCAGAUGCUACGGCCACUGGCUCAGAGUUCUUUGUGCCACCUUCCCAUAAGACCGGCCAGCUAAUCGUCGACCAUGGCAAGUCGCGCUUCAUUGAGAACAACUUAUGGACUAGUGUAUCUACCGAGUUCCAAGCCAAAGAAGCCAUUACCGAAUACUCGGAGGAUGACGAUGAGGCUGGAUCUGGGAUCGAAGACACUUCCGAGUUCAUGCUCGGCUAUACGCCCUCAAACAACACGAUCCAACAACUCCACCCUUCACCAGACCAGAUAUUCUUGCUCUGGCAGAUCUUUCUCGAGAACAUCAACCCCAUGACCAAGUUUGUGCAUCAGCCUACGUUUCAAGAGACUCUCGUUCAAGCUAGUGCGAAUCUGGACAACCUGCCAAAAAGCCUGGAAGCAUUGAUGUUCUCCAUCUAUAGCGCCGCUAUCUUCUCCAUGGAGGAUGACGAAUGUGAAAUCAAGUUAGGCGAGUCUCGCAAGACACUACUUGCGAGAUAUCGCCACGCGACGCGUAAAGCGCUAGCUCGGGCCAGGUUCAUGGGCACGUCGGAUAUCAUGGUUCUGCAAGCAUUCGUCCUUUACAUCAUAACGAUGCGUGAAGCAUACGACUCGAGGACGACCUGGACGCUGGCAGGCGUGGCGAGUCGUGUUGCACAGGGGAUGGGCUUGCACAGAGAUGGUACACACCUAGGGGUAUCGCCUUUUGAGACCGAGAUGCGACGACGGCUAUGGUGGCAGAUCUCGAUCCUAGACUUCCGGUCAGCAGAGCUUAGCGGUUCCGGGCGAUUUGCCGACUUCCAUCUCUCGGAUACUCAACCCCCGAGUAAUGUCAACGACGCCGACAUUCAGCCUGACAUGACGAGCGCUCCCGUGCCUCAUACAAGACCUACCGAGAUGAUCGCAUGUCUGCUUCGCUGCGAGUUUGGGCAAUUUUGGAAGGAAAAGGUGUUGAACCGGUCGAGCAUAAGCACUGAAAACUUCCGGCUCGCAUCGCCCUUCAACACCUCGUUGGAAACGCGAGAUGCCAAUAUCAACGAGCUUGAGCAGCGGCUCGAAGAAAAAUUCUUGCGAUAUUGCGAUCCCUCCAUACCUGUGCAGUUCAUGGCCAUCAUCAUCGGCAGGGCGGCCAUCAAUUCCAUGAGGCUCAUGGCCCGCCACCCACGGAAAUACCGCAACUCGGAAGACCUGCCAGCGUCAGAACGCGACUACAUGUUCCAUUUGUCGAUCAAGCUGCUCGAGGCGGACAACCUGGCCCAUGCUUCGAAAGGCUUGCGGCGGUUCAUGUGGCACACGAAUGUCUACUUCGUCUGGCAAGCGCUGGUAUACCUUCUCGACGAGCUACGAACGCGCACAUUAGGCGACGAAGUGGAUCGGGCGUGGCAGCAGGUAGACGAGGUCUUCCUUCACCAUGCCAACUUUGUCACGGACAACAAAAAGCCUUUGCACGUGGCGGUCGGAAGCUUGUGUUUAAAGGCAUACAGCGCAAGGGAGGCGGCCUUGCGUGAAUCCACCAACGGCGUCUACCCCAAGGUGGUGCCUGAAUAUAUCAGAACGCUCCGAGAACAACGUAAAAAUCAGCCUCUGCGCCCUCCUCCUCCACAAACAGAAACGGCUUCUUUGCCGUUGGCAGGUCCCGGCACUUUCACCUCGAUGUCGUCUGUCGGACCAUCAGACCCCGACCCCAACGAUAUCAAAUAUAACACCAGCGGUGCAUACCCCCAAAACACUGCCGCUAGCCCGUCCUCUUCCACCAUCCCCUACGAUACCCAGUCGUCCAGUCAAGCUGCUCUCCAAUCUGCUGCUCGGACUCAACUGCCACUCCCGCCAUUUCAGUCCGUUCAGAUGUUUCAUAGUCCCUCGAAUAAUCUCAUGCUUGCGUCCGAUCCAACGGUUGCUCAGGACCUCGCCAUGGCUGAUAUGCCUCUGGAUUGGGCUCAAUGGGACUACAUUAUGAACGACUUUGAGCAGGGCAAGUGA